AUGGGCCCGGGCGCGUGGCUGCGCUGCCUGGUGCUGGGCUGCUGCUUGGCCGGGCGCUGGGGCGGCGUCGGCGUGGCGCAGAGGCCGGCGUCGGCGGCCGCGCUGGGCGGCGGCGAGUACUGCCACGGCUGGGUGGACGCGCGCGGCGCCUACUCGGCGGGCUUCGCGUGCCCCGAGCGCUUCGACGCGCCCGACGCCGCUAUCUGCUGCGGCUCGUGCGCCCUGCGCUACUGCUGCGCCGACGCCGGCGCGCGACUCGAGCAGGGCGGCUGCACUAACGACCCGUCGCACGCGGAGCAGCCGGCCGGGAGCGCCCAACCAGUCUAUGUGCCGUUCCUGAUCGUCGGAUCAAUAUUCCUCGCCUUCCUUUUCGUGGGCUCCUUUGUCGCCGUUUAUUGCUGCACGUGCUUAAGGCCGAAGCAAACGUUGCCGCAGCCGAUCCGGUUUUCUCUCCGAAGCUACCAGAUGGAGACUUUGCCAAUGAUCCUGACCUCAACUAGCUUAAGGACUCCAUCCAGACAACCCAGCACUGCCGCCAGCUCAACUUGCACGGCCGGCGCUCUCGGCAGGUUUUCAUUUGCCAGGCCAGAGUCUGGCUCUACAGCGGCAUCUUCACCCCCACCUUACAUGCCAGGCUGCUUACAAAUGGGCCAGUCGGUCAGCCUCUCUCAGCCCUCUGGGUUUUUGGUGUCGGGACCAUAUUUCUCCUAUCCUUUGGACUCUGAGCCGUCUCUAACUGGGAAGAGCGUUCCGGAAACUUAGCCAGAGCUGAGCGAAGCGUUCAAAACAACCCUUUCGCUAAGAAGCACAAUGGGCUCCUGCGUUAAUGUGGUUUUCAUUGUGGUGUUCUCUGCUUAUGGAACUGAAAAUCACGUGAAUGGGUGAGUUACCCUUUAGAAAAAGUGUCAAUUAUUGCAGGAAUUUUCGUUUGGUAAAAGAGUACUGGUCUAAAACGCGUUGGACUUGUUGGAAUAAAAUGUACAUUCCCAACUGAUAUCAAUUUGGAGCAUAUCUGCAUUCAGAAAGUGUCACCUGACCAAUGUGUGUCAUUGUGUGAGUAAAGCAGCACAUUCCUGCCUUGCAGGGGGGUGGAUUAGAUGAUCCUCAGGGUCCCUUCCAACUCUACAAUUCUAUGAUUUUUGUGAUCUAAUAUGAGCAGAGUUCUGGCA